ACGUUGAAGACAUGUGCCAUGAUUUCGAAAACGGCUGGUGGUAUUGGUUUGAACAUUCAUAAUAUUAGAGCAUCUGGAUCUUACAUCUCGGGAACUAAUGGUUACUCGAAUGCCUUUUCGAUCCAGGCACCUGGACUUAUGGACGUGUGGGUAGGUGAAUUUGAG